AUGAAGAUUCAUUGGGAUAACACUGAGAACAUCGAGAGAACAAUGGACAAUGAGGGGAGCAGAAGUUUAGCGAUGAAUGGGGAGGGCAUGGCAAAGCACGGUAACUGUCACAACGAAUGGGACAUCGAAAUCAAGUCCACUGGGCGAAAACAAAAAGAAAAAGGAUGUGAACGCGAACUUGAUGCCAAAAGAGAGUGGACUAGCCAGUCAGAUUGCGUUCUGAGGAAGGGAGAUGUCAUGACAGGUCAAACCAUGUCAGCUAGGGAGGCUGGAGAGGACUGUCAAACCAACUGUCACUUAAGGAAUGUAUCUCAAAUUGUAGGGAUCGAUGGACCAGCUCUACAGCUUGAGCUCCCCAUCAAUUUCAUUGACGAGUCAUUGCUUGAAGAGCUACUUGCCAGUGUCAACACCUCCACACCUGAAGGAGAAUUCUCUGGCAAGCGAUCACCCAAUAUCCCACAAAUCGCAAUUGAAAUCGAAGAAGUAGACGUAUUCGUCGCCAAUGUUCUCAUGGUGUUAGAGGAAUACAGAAGUGGGAAAGAACUUUGCAUUGACAACUUCCAACAUCAUCAAUCCAAUACCCCACAAACUGAUAUCCCGCACCAAGAUGAAGCGGCCGGUGGUGGUAUUCAGCAGCCCUACAUUCAAGGUGUAUCACCAGGCAGAGAUGGAAAAGGGAAACAAGCCAGACCUCAAGGAAACUGUAGCUCGAUGCAAGAUCUACUGCCACAGCCUGUCCCUACUCACUCCAAGGACACAGCGUUCACCAUUCCCUGUAUACGUCCUGCUGGUCCAUGCCCUCCUAAAAAAUGA